AUGCUGACAUCUCGGUCAUUUCACAGCCCGGCGCGGCGUUCGGCUGGGCGUAUCUUAGCCACCCGGUAUCCCACCCCUUAUAGACACGUUCCGCAUAGCUUUGUACUAUUGCGACACUACAGCAUUGCACUGGUGGGUCUCGGAUACCGGGGCUACAGAAGCCAUUUCCUCAGCCUAUCUGAAGAUCCGACUGUUUCAAUAACCGCCGUCUGUGACACGAAUCGCGUGGCGCUGGAGGCUUUCUCCGCGACACACAAGGGAAUCCCCACGUACCUUUCACUACCACAGCUGCUACAGAGCCACAUACCGGAUUUUGCCAUUGUGUCUGUGCCCCAUAGCGCCCACACUCAGUGCAUCACCACCCUUGCAGCAAAGGGCAUUGCGGUCCUAAAGGAGAAACCUGUUGCAGAAUCCAUUGCAGAGUACGAGUGGAUGACCAGGCUGCCAGUGAGGAUUGGAAUCACCUUCCAAAAGCGAUUCGAACCACAUUUUCUACAUUUUAGGAGCCUUCUCCCGCUUGUUGGAGAAGUUGCGGCGCUUGAGGCGAGCCUCGCCCUCGGUAUUACGAACCUCGAGGAAACAUGGCGUGCAGCAUCCGGUGUCGGAGUCACGGAAGACCUGGGCUGUCAUAUGCUCGACAUGCUCGUGUGGCUAUUCGGACCGCCAACCUCCGUUAUGGCACACCAGGUCUCCUCUGUUCGACGUGGCCAAAGAUAUGGCGGGGAUGAUGUCUCUGACAUUCUAAUGGACUGGGGAGCAAAAAAGUGCAUCGGCCAUGUACGCCUGUCCCGCGUCGCCCAUAGACCUAUCCAGUCCAUCGUAGUGACAGGGACCAAUGGUACGCUUCAUCUGGAUGGGUAUCAAAUCACCCAUCACGACAUCAAUGGUUUAGAGACGUUAAAGGUCAAUCAUCAACCACGGCAAAAACAAGUGAUCCAAACCAUGGCCCAAGAAUUCGGCGACUGGAUAUCGGGUCGUCGACCUGAAUUUUCAUCCUCUUUAGGAAACACGCUGCACACAGUUUCCGUUGUGGACGCUAUCAACGCGUCGCUUGCGAGCCGGCAGGUGCGGCACCCGCUGCUGCUGUCCUCUUCAGCCGAAAGUCUGGGCGCUGCCACUAACUGCCGGCCCUUGUCCAAAAUAUCCGGAAGCAGCAGAGCGUUAGCGGCCAACUUCUCUACCUCUUCCUCCUCGGCCUCCUUUGCUUAUCCCAGCUACCGGGAGAAAGUAUUUCGGCUUAAUACUGGAGCCUCAAUCCCCGCCAUUGGCUUGGGUACUCGCAGAGCCGAGACGCCAGGGCAGGUAUACAAGGCUGUUCGUAGCGCAUUAGAUGUCGGAUAUCGCCACAUUGAUGCAGCACAGUCUUCCGAGAAUGAGCAUGAGAUUGGCCGAGCCAUCAAGGAUUCUGGUGUGCCACGUAAGCAGAUUUGGAUCACAACUAAACUCGACAACAGAUGGCAUACACGUGUUGGGAGUGCUCUGCAACUGUCUCUAGACGCACUGGACAUGGACUAUAUCGACCUUUAUCUCAUGCAUUGGCCUGUAUCCGCCUGCCCCAACGAUCAGACCACCCAGCUGAAGAAUUGGAACUUUGUCAACACGUGGGAAGCAAUGCAACAACUACCAUCACACAUCGUGCGAAACAUCGGGGUUUCGAACUUUGGCAUCGCCCACCUCCGGCGACUGUUGAAUCAUCCAUCCUGCAAGGUCGUUCCUGCAGUCAAUCAAAUUGAGCUCCACCCCUACUGGCCCUCUCGUCUACUCCUCACAUACUGCAAUAACCAUGAUAUCCACUGCACGGCGUAUUCGUGCCUGGGUUCCACUGAUUCCCCGCUAUUACAAGACCCGGCGGUACUUGAAAUAUCGCGGCUGAAAGAUAGAUCACCACAACAGAUUUUAAUUAAAUGGGCCAUCCAGCGGGGUACAAGCGCGGUACCCAAGAGUGUAAGCGCGUCAAGAAUCCGAGACAACAUCGAACUGGAUGGCUGGGACUUGAGUCGAUAUGAGAUAGACAUGUUGGAUGGUUGCAGUACGCGAUUUAAAUCAUGUAAUGACAACUGGUUACCUGAAAAGGUCUUCUUCGCGGAGGAUGGCUGA